AACAAUCACAUCUUCCAAACUACCCACAAUAUGGACAACAAUCUCCUCACUCGCAUCUUAGCCAUCAUCUGGUCUAUCACGAGUCAUGGAGGUCUUGCUUUGGGGGCUUUCCUCACCUUCGCUUCCAUAGUCAUGAUUGCCCAAGCUUUCGUCGAGUCACGCCGCAGUGGUGAGAGCUAUACACGCUACAAGCAUGGAAUGGACGUAGAACGCAUCCGACACAACAUCUCACUUGAGGAAGUCGGCCUGAGACCAGAAUUGAAGGUGGGCUAUUCAGAGGAGAUUGAGACUAUUGAAGUUGGUAGCCAAUUCCGGGUCUGUGAAUUUGAUACGUUGAAGAUGAAAUUUGAGGAAACUCAUGGAUUGGUGUUUAUUGAGAGAGGUGUGGAGAAGUUGGCUGAGGCUUCCUGCGACACGAAGUGAUAUGGGGGCGUUGGAAGCUGGGAGAGGGUCAUUGGUGAGAAGAUGCAGUAUGCGAGUGAUAAUGAAGGGAGAAGGGGUCCAUGAAGGGAAUGGAAGGAUGUGUCAUGUCUUUCGUACAGAAAUGUACCUUUGGUAUGGAGCAUGAAAAAUGCUCAUGGAACUUUACCUCUCACCAUAUCAGUGAUGCAGGAGAGGAAGUUACAUGAUAUUCAUUUCUUCUUUUCCA